AUGUCAGACUCGAAAAUUCCCGAAGCAGAGAAGCCAGCUUCUGCUGCAAAUGCAGAAGUUAAGGUCGAUGCGAAAGCUGCUGCGAAACAGAAACCACCCAAUCCUAUGUGGAAGUACCUAGGAUUUGGUGAAAACUUUCGACCUAGAGUUCCAUCCCGAAACUGGAUGAUAUUCCUCUCCAUCACCGGGUCCUUCACCGCAGCCGUCGUCUACGACAAGAGGGAAAAGAAGAGGGCGCAGAGGAAAUGGUGUAGAUUGGUGGAACACAUUGCGAAAGAACCUUUGGGGGAUUCUCGCACGAUGCCAAGGAAACUUACUGUUUACCUAGAAGGACCACCUACUGAUGGCCUACGGAUUGCGCAAGAUCAUUUCAAGGAAUACGUCAAGCCGAUAUUGGUAGCUUCAGGGUUAGAUUGGGAGUUUAUACAAGGAAGGAAAGAGGGAGAUAUUCGAGCGGAAUUGGCCGAGAAAAUUCGUAAUACGAGACUACCUUUGGAGCAGAGAGCAGAGGAGCAGGACCCUAUUUUAGCGACACGGAAGAGCUCUGGAAUCAAGGAAUUUGAUGGGCCCAGAGGUGAUAUAGUACUUGGACGACAUACAUGGAAAGAAUAUAUCAGGGGUGUACAUGAAGGCUGGUUAGGACCAUUAACCGAACCCCCCAAACCCAUGGAAGAUAUCCCAGAAGCAGCAGAAACAUCAGCUCCAACCCCAGAAGCCGAGACUCCAGUCGAUUCUCUCUUAGGAACCACAGUCCACACCAGCACCAACACCGACCCCUCCAAACCCGACGAUGCAUCACCCACCGCACCCCCACCAAUCCCCGAAGAAAAACCCGCUGAAGACAAGAAUAAAAAACCAUCACAACUAUCCCCCUUCAUCUCAACCUCGGACUACGCAUCCGCAACCCUUCCCUCAUCUUUCCCAGCAGAACUAGACCCUUCAGCUGCAAUCUCUUUCCCCCACAUCCUCGGUUUCCUCAACACCCCUACCCGUCUCCGUCGCUUCCUCAAUCGUCGCUAUCUCGCCGAUCAAAUCGGUCGCGACACUGCUGCCAUUAUCCUGGCUACCUAUCGCCCCUACCACGAUUCCUCUCCCUCCUCUCCCUCCUCCCCAUCAUCCCCAGAAUCAUCCUCAUCAUCCUCCGAACCCGAACAAGCAGCCCUCCUAGAAGAAGAAGAAAAAGAAUGGCAUAAAUCCGUCCGCAUCCGUACCCCCACAGAACCAGAAAGAACAUGGUUAGAACCCAUCACUCUAGAUCCGCGCAUAGCGUCUCGAAUGCGCAAAGCGGAGUUGACAGAAGAAGAAGAAGAGAAGGCGAAGAGGAUAGUCGUUAGUGAGGAGGAGGUAGAGGGGUGGAUCAAGGGAAGUGUGAGGAGUUUGGGUCGUGCGGGCUUGGAGUGGUUUGCAGGGGAAAAGGAGAAGAAACCUUGGGAACAGGGGAAUGAGGGCCAGGAAAAUGAAUGA